AUGCCACUAAGUGCCAACCAACGGGCCGAAGCCAAUCAAAUCAUAGCCGCAAUGAAGCAGUAUCCAACCUCUCCCCUCCCCGGCCUCAUGAGGGGGAUCUCAAUAGUGGAUCAAAUCUUUUCCCCGUUCAACGAUCCGAAAGAAAUUGAGAACAGGCGUCGAGCAGCUGUGAAGACAAUGAGGAUUUUAGAGAAAGAAGGGCUUCCCUGUGCCAUUUUCGGAAGCAUGGCGUGCAAGUUGUACGGUAAUGAACGGGGUCCCCACGACGUUGAUAUUCUGGUCCUCCCACCUCCAUCCCGGCACGAUUUGACACUGAAUGAUAUAAAAAAUAUCAUUAUCGCCGCUUCGCCUGAAGAAUUCGGAUUUUUAGGGCCGUCGUCAAACCGCACUGACACCCGUCCUCUGUAUCUUCAGGCAAAGAUCAGAAUCGAUAUUGCGCUACCGGGCAUGAUGAAUUUGCCGGCACUCUCUCCAGCGCAGAUUACAUGGAUGACUGGGACCGGAAGCACACCCUUACCAGUACUCCCUUUUGAUCUUUUAUUGUUCCAGAAACUUCAGGCAUGGGAUGACCACCGUAAUGCACCAGACGGAAAGUUUAGCCGCCGAGUCUCACAGGAUGUCGAUGAUAUACUGUGGAUGUUGCGCGAGGGGGUGCAUCAGGAAAACUCCAACCGUGUGGCUGGUCUGGAGCCAGACCGGCCAGACGCUUCCAGACCAUCAGAAUAUGAGUGGCGACAUACAGUGUUUUGCACUGCCGUCUGCACAACGAAGUCUCGAAAAACAUAUUUGUAUGUAUUAGGGGGUUUCACAGUAGGCCAACUUAGGUCCCAACUUUCAUUCCAACUUGUGGGCCAACUUCAACAAAGUUGA